AGUAUGCAAUAUGUAAUAAGAUAAGUACGUACUUUAAUAAAUCAAAUUAUGAUAGAAAUCAUAAAAUAUAACAUACAAAAUAUAAUAAUUAAUUUGUUUUUGCCGAGGUGCAUUAUUUUCAUGCAAGUAUUUGCGUCAUCGACCUAGUUUUCGUAAAUAGCUGAGUGUGCUUAAGCAUAAGGCCUGGCGAGAACGAAAUACGCAAACAGUUUUAUCCGACUGCAGAAAAUGAUAAUAAUGUUUUUUAUACAGGAUGACUUUCAAAUCAAAAGCAUGUUUUUAAUAUUAUAAUUCUAUGUAUUUAAACUCUAUGUAUUACUUAUGAUACAUAGUGCACUCCUAAAUUUGAGACAAAUCUAAUGAGAUUUUUUGUCAAUUUUACUGUGUAUUUCUGUUAGUGUGCUCUUAUAAAAAGUUUAAAACUAUUGUACUGUCAACAGCACAUCAGCCUAUUAAUUUUAUUGCAAAAUAACAAUACAUCGAAAUAUGAAAUGAUGUGUUGUCUGUACAAGAUUUUCAAUAUUGAAAUUUUAACUCAUUGGAUUUGUCUCAUAUUUGAGGAAUGUACCUACUAUGUAUCAUGAAUCUUAUUUUAAAAGGAUGCUAUCGAUUUCAAAGUCAUCUGUACCUAUAAAGAGUAAGUUAUGUUAUUGUAUUAUAAGCAUGAAAAAAGUCGACUCUUAUAAAUUAAUAAACUAUUAUUGGUUCAUUUGCUCGAAUGUUCACGUUAAAAAAAAUUAUUGAGCGGGAAUCGAACCUCCGAUCUCUGACAUUUACCACUAGGUACACCAAUCGUUUUCGUUGAACCUAAACUUAUUGCUGAAUUAACGAUAAUUUCCCUUUAAAUUUGGAGGUUCGCACCAAGAGCUUCAUUCUGUAUUUCGAAGUGCUCCUGCAUUAGAAUCGGCUCCAGUAAAGUCAUUUCUUCGAGGAAUCAUCAUCAUCAGUGACGUAAAUAAAAUUGUGAGUGUUCAACAUGUCUGAUUCAGAGUUAGAAUUUUUCGAGCCUGAACGCAAACCAAAGACGAAGCGAAAGUCUGCGAGUAGAUCCAAAGAGUCUAUCAGAGCUGGUUCUUCUAAGAAACCCAGACACACAGGGAAGCUCCAAGAGACGUUGGAUAUACUGGGCUUGCUGUCGGAUGACGAAGAAAGUGUGGCUGCUGAGAACGCGCGACGCUCGCCAGCUCGCAAUAAGCAGCUUGACAGCAGCAUCAGCAACCGCGUUGCUAACGGCUGUGUGGUGCGCCGCACGCUCCUCGACGGACCGUACUACGUGGAGACGCGUGUGUACACCACCGAGGACGCGCUGACGACGUCGCCUGAGCUGCGCUACACCAAGGCUCUCGUGACGCUGAAGGCGCAGCUCGACCGAGACCAGCCGGAGUGGGCUUGUCUGCAGAAGUUCUUGCAGAAGACCAAGUCCUCCUUGUUCGCUGAUAGCAAGCCCAUAUUUUAUAGUAAUAAAAAGUAAUGUGUUCGGUUUAGUGUUAUGUUUUAUUUAGUUAUAGUAUUUUUAUGUAUCGACCCC